CCGACGCAUUUGCGACACGAGCCAUGCCGCUCUACUCGCCUGUUAAAGUCGAACCGGGGCAUCGGGUCGCCGAGUCGAGCAGCAGAAGCAGCGUCGGCAGCAGCAGCUCACCCGAUGCGCACGGCUCCACCGGGUGCUUGCACACACGUGCCGUCAGGUCUGGCGCCGGUGUAGGCCACGCCAACGGCAGCGCCGGCAACGUAUCUGCGGGCCGACUGAUGCAAAAGUUUUCCGCGGGCCUGCGGUGGGGACGCAAGAUCCGCGCGGGCGAGGUGAUUCAGGACGACGAGGACGAGGACGUAAAGACGGGCCAGAGAAAGAAGCGCAAGCUGCUGCGAUAUCCGGCCUGCUCGACUUGCUCUGUCCCUCUGCACCGCCCCUUCAUGUGUUUCGAGUGCGCCGCGCUCUGCUGCCACGGCGGUCCUAGCAUAAACACUGCGCCGAGCGACUCGUCCCACAUGCUGGCGCACUUGAGCAAGACGGGCCACAAACUUGCGUUCGAGCUACACACCGGCACGAUCCUGUGCGCAGGGUGCAAAGACUACGUAUUUGAUGCCAAGUUCGACGAGGUGUAUAGGAAGGAAAGCGCACGGGCAAGAAGGACGCAUAUGGCAAACGGAGACGAUGCGCGAGACGGAGAAACUGCAAAAGUUGAGCUUGAACUGAAGCGCAAGCUAGCGAUCGCAUGCAAGCGUCCACGAGGGCUUCGCAACAUGGGCGCAACGUGCUACAUGAACGUGAUCCUGCAAUCAUUCAUCCACAACCCCAUGCUCCGCAACUACUUUUUGUCCGACCGGCACAAUUCUGCGCUAUGCACCAAUCGUGAAAACUGCCUAGCGUGCGAGAUGGACGCCGUCUUCAGCGAGUUCUUUUCUCGCAACAGUGCACACGCCGCGUUCGGGCCAACCAACUUUCUCUUUUGCCUGUGGCUCGCGCGAGAGUCGGCCGAGCUGACGUCGACUGGACAGCACGACGCACACGAGCUCUUCAUUAGCGCACUGAACGGCGUGCACAACGCGCUGGUAAGCUCCACGUCCGGCCUGAGCCAAUUCAGCGCAGGCGAAGCAGAGAGGCCGAGCGCCAUCCCUGCUUUUCCCUUUGAAGAUGUCGCGCCGCCCUUGCCGCUCGAUGCGCUCGAUCCGAACUUGCCACCUGGCAGCAGUGGCAACAGUAGCCAUCACGACCCGUGGAGCCACCAGGGUGCCGGCUCGCACCCUCGCAUGUGCCCCUGCGUUGUGCACCGCACCUUUGCCGGGGUGAUGCAGAGCGACGUGUCGUGCCAGCGCUGUGGUCGGAUGAACAGCACUCUGGAUCCGUUCUUGGACCUCAGCUUGGACCUCCGGACGGAUGCCAAGAAAGGAAACGGCGCUUCUGGUGGCGCGCUGGACGAUGCUGCAGCGGACGGGAACAAGAAAGGGUUCAAGAAGAAGGGGAUCGAGGCUACCAAAGCGGCCAUCAAGAUGCAGAAGGACUCGGAAGGUCCCGAGGAGCAGGACCUACUCGCCUGUUUACAAGGAUACUGUCGCGCUGAAACGCUCGACGCAGCGGCGUACACGUGCGCGCAGUGCGGCAUGGGCUCACAAGCCACCAAGCAGUUGAGCAUCUCGCGCUUCCCGCCAAUUUUGUGCAUUCAGCUCAAGCGCUUCGAGCACAGCGCGACGGCGGCAAAGAUUGAUGCGCAGGUCCGCUUUCCCCUCGAGCUCGACUUGCGCGAAAUCACCACCGGCACGAUACGCGGGGACGGGAGUCGCGUGGAUCAGGAUCCAGACGCGUACAUGUACGACCUGUUUACGACUGUGGUGCAUGAGGGGACGCUGAGCACGGGUCACUACACUAAUUAUUCCAAAUGGAGAGGCCAAUGGUACUUUUUCGACGAUGACAAGGUGCAAAUGGCAUCGGAGAAAGCGGCACUGAACGGAGGCGCGUAUCAGUUGUGUUACAAGCGACGUGCCCUCUUCAAUCUCCCAGGCUGGGAUUACCGAUCGACUUGAAAGUGAAAGCCUUCCUUUGUAUUGCUUGUCAGGCGUACAUGUUUUACACCGAAGAAGCCAUAGAUGCUAAAUGUGACUGUCAUUCCAGCC